AUGGCAGACUCGGGCGCCAAGCUCAUCCGUCACAUGGGGCUGCAUUUUUUGCUCGCCUUUUCGCGCGGUUUUGUCGGCACCGACUUCUCCGUUCUUGUUCAGUCGAAGCUAACGAUUGAUAAGUUAACAAUUUCAGCGGGUCAAAUCGGCAAACUCGGUGCCGACAACGCCGAUAUCCAUGCCACCCUUGCCAUUUUCGACCAAACGUUGGGUAUCGAGUGUACUGCGGGUGGAGAGGAACACCCAUGUCCGCGCCAGUGA